CCUGCCUUAACGUUGCCCGGAAAAAGUGAAUGCACCUGGUGCUAUGUACAUAAUAUGGUCAGACUCGUAAAAAUUUGCCUCAUUGGGGAUAGAAAAACGGGCAAGAGUCAGCUGAUGUUAAACUUUGGGAAGCAGGUGUUUGGAACUUAUCCGAGAUUUGAAAAUAUCGAGGAAGAUUUGGAUAUAUAUGGACAAUGUGUGCGAGUUCGGGUAUACGAUGCACCAUGUCAGGACGAGGCACGACGUUUGCGCAUGGCAUUGUAUCCAAACUGUGAUGCUGUGGUCCUUUGUGCGUCCUUGGACAACCCAGUCUCGUUAGAAAAUCUUUCUAAAAAGUGGCUGGAAGAGCUCCGGGCCGCUCGAAUGACCAGACAGCCGCUGCUCCUGGCCCUGACAAAAUCUGAUUUGAGAGUAGAUAGUUCAGCAGACCUGAUCAAGCCAGAUGCGAUUUCACAAAAUGCCCGUAAACUGCAGGUCACAGACCUUUAUGAGUGCUCCGCCAAGACAGGUGAAAACGUCAAGCAGACGUUUCGGCGUGCAGCUGAAUUGGUUGUGAGGAACGAUGGGGAGAAGAAUGGAAAGUGCUGUGCCAUCAGCUGAUCACGAGCUUUCACCACAUAUGAACCAAAACUAGCAAUAUUCUCAACAUAUCUUUGGAGCCAUUUUUCCAAUGUCUAAAGCUUUUUAAAAGUUGCUUAUAAAUAUGAGGCCAGUUUGAGAUUUUAUUUCCCAAAUUAUAUUCUUGGUAUUUCCUAAAUGCAAGGUUCUUUCAUGGAUUUGCCCGGAUUAGGGCGGAAGUGGUUGUGCGAACUCUGUGAUGCUGCAUUCGCAACUUUGUAACUUAUGAAACGUUCUCAAAAAACAGGUUUUGG